ACAUUCUCUCAUGGACUGAUUAUAAAGGUACUGCAAAGAUUCGCAUGUGGUUUUGCCACCAAGUACAAUUCCAAUAAUGCCUGAUUCACCCUCAUCUGCUCAAGAGUUCCCCCAGAUUAUCAAUCUCUUCAAAUCGGAGCCCUUCAAGAACCGGGUGAACAACCUCCUCGCAGAAUGGCACGUUCUGGGUUUCUCGAUAGCCAUUGUAUCGAAUAAGAAGGUGUCUUCACAAGGCUUCGGCUUGGCUUCACUAGACCCGGAAAUUCCGUCUGCUGUGGGUCUCCUCGUAGAGGAUAAUGAGAAGUAUGAAGCUGUCAAGUGGGAUGCGAAGAUGCAUGAUCUCUUGCCGGAGGACUCCGUACUAAAUGAGGAUAGCUUCACCGAAGAGGUGACAGUGGAGGACAUCCUGAGCCAUCGGAGUGGAGUUCCUGGGCAUGACGAUGCAUUCUUCGGUCUUCGUUCCAAAACCCCAGAUUCAGUCAAAACGAUAACCAGGAAAUUACGACAUCUGCCAAUCAGCAAACCAUUGAGGACUGAAUACCAGUAUUCCAAUACCAUGUUCGCUGUUGCGACACACCUCGUCGAGACAUUGACGGGAAAGACUUUUGGAGAAUUCAUUGAAAAGUCUUUUCUGCGGCCUUCGAGAAUGAGUGAUACACACCUCCAACCUAGCGCUGUCAAAACCGCGGGGAAAGAGGACCGCCUUGCGUUGCCGUACCAAUGGAGCCAAUCUGAACAGAUUUUCGAGCUCAAGAAAUGCCAAGAGGUGCCCGAGACGCAAGGUGCAGGUUCCAUUCAGACUUCUGUGAACGACCAUAUUAGAUGGGUGCAGGCGCUGAUGCAUCAGGAAGGUCCCGUUACGAAGGAGCUCUACGAGGCCCUAACUCGUGUGCGUAUCGUGCAGGAUCCAGACAGCUCACCCGAAGGACGAGCGCCAUUCACUUCUUUCACCGGAUACGCAGCGGGACUGGAAGUCUCGUACUAUCGUGGCCACCAAAUUAUAGGGCAUGAUGGUAUGAUCACCGGAUACUCUAGCAGGCAUUUCUGGAUGCCCGAGUUCGAGUUCGGUGCAGUUAUGCUGGGCAACUCGGAAAGUGCUGGUUCGGUAAUAGACGUCUUGUCCAAAGAACUAAUCGAUGAAAUCCUCGAAGUCCCCAUGGAGAAGCGUGUCGAUUGGAAUGCUCGUGCGCAUCAAGUCGAUGAGGAAUACCAGGCAGAAAUGGAUAAGUCUAUCGCGAAGGAGCUGAGACCUGACUUGGAAUAUCCAGAGCUGCUCAAGAUUCCAUUGAGUGCAUAUGUUGGAGAGUACUGGAAUGCUGGGUACCGUGGUUUCAGCAUUGGAGUCAGAGAUGGGAAGCUGUUCGUCGAUGCGACAGAACGGACAAUGGGCUUCUGGCUUGAAUUUGAGCACUUGGCAGAUCAGUCCGUGUUCGUGGUCAAGCUUAGGGACUAUUAUGAUGGUUUGUCUGUGGAGCGAGCUGCCGAAUUCCGCUUCCAGAAUGAUCGGGUUGUGAAAGUCGGCAUUGACUUCGAAGAUGACUUUGAUGGGUAUAUUUGGUUUGACAAGGUCGAGCAGAGUAGCGAAUGACAGCUCUGCGGCUUCGCAUAGUCGUCACUGCGUAUCGUAUGUCCUCACAAAUAGUAGGAUGGAGGUAGCUUGCAAGCUGGUCAGCAUGGCAUAGGACAUCGGGCUCUUGAGACGACAUACAGCACUGUCAACGGGGCCGACUGUGGACACCGAAUCUCGAAAUCCAUUUCCAUCACCGUGUA